AUGGCGGCCGUCAGGGUUUCGCCAACGGCAAAUCUUCUACGGAAGUCCCGUUUAUUUGCGCUUCCUCAAGCUUUGCAACCGCCACAGGAUCCGCCAUCCUCAAAGACCGUAUUCGAGUCGGCAACAGCAACACUCCCUCACCCCAUCCGAGCCUCCAUCGUCACACCUCCUAAGUCCCUCGCUCGAGGCGAUUGGGGAUUGAAACGUUCUUUACCGGCUAAGUCGACCUCGGAGAAAUCAUCGAGACCCGUUGUUCGAGUCCAAGCGCUGGACACCUACGAGCAUGUCACCGACUUCGAAUCCGCAGCCGAUCACACGAUGACUUUGGAGAAGUUCCAAGAGCUACACAUGCCCAUGUCUCUUCCUACUAAGAUGAACUACGCUUCCAGCAUUGUCCCACGUCAUCAAAGUCCCUUCGAUGCCCAUGUCGAUAACACAGAGACUAGCAAGACUCUCUCCGAGCCUGGCGCCAAACAAUAUAGACAUUCUGGACCUUGGUUGUCUGGAUUGAGUCAAGUAGAGUUCGACGCCUAUUUGAAGACGAUUCGUCGCGAUAAGCCUGAAUUAUUGCAGAAGUUGCGUGAACGAUUCGAAGCCAAGCGUUUUGCUGAAGCCCGGAAGCAGGCCCAGGACAAGGGCGAGGAUCUCGAGAACCUGAAGCCAACCAAGGUCACUGAUGCAGAGUUCCAAACAUAUAUCAAGUCUCUACGAGCUGAUCCAUUCUCCAUGGGUCCCGUCAUUUUCGAACUGCUGGAUCUUCCUUCCUCCCCUGCUGUGCCCAGCGAACGCAUUGGCACUCAAUACUUCCAGUCACCCGGCACCAAGAUGUCUGCAACUGAAUAUGCCGUGACCGGCCCACCGAAGACACAUCCCUCCGCCGGUCUCUCCUACGCCCGAUCCCACGCUCUGACAUACAACCACCCCAAGUAUGGUCCUCAGAUCUACCAGCGCCCCGUGCAGGCACGUAUUCUGCGACCAAAGGGCCGCUUCAAGGGACGAAUUUCCAAGGCCAUUGCCGGUGUUGGUGGUGUGGCUAUUGAGGAUCUCAACGCCAUGUCUUUCUCCGACCAGGGCACACCAGCUGGCAUGGGCUACUUUGACGCAACCAUCGAGGGAGGUGGCAAGUACUGGGUCAACCCCAUUCGCGCUGCUGUUGACUCGGAGGGCCGAAUCCGCAUGUCCACUUUCCGCGCUAGUGCCAGCUCAAAGGCACCAUAUGGCAUUGAAGAAUACAGGAAGCCAGGAACUACCAGCAUUACAGAUGCUGCCCGCCGUGACGCUAUUGCUGUUCCGCGAUUGGACAGAGAUCUCAAAGCGGCGCGCUUCAAGGGCGGCCGCCAAGGUCGGCAAAAGCAGCCCUCGCAGAGCACUGAUGAGGUUGCUCGUAACCUUGUUGAGAGCCUUGGAAACUAG